GGGGAGGUGUGAGAGUCCCGCGUGGGGGGACAUGGAGGGACCGCGACCGACCGCGACAGCGAGACAACGGGAUCGACGCCGGGGUCCCACGGAACCAUGGCGUGAAGAGGGCACCAUGACCGACCCCAGAGAGGACACCAGGACUGACCCCGGGGGGACACUUAAGCCCACGCCCUUGGACUCCCCAGAGCCCGGAGGGGUCCAAGAAGACCCCAGGACAGACCUCCCCGAUCUCAUAACAGACCCUCCGGAGCCCUCGGGGGUCUGGCCACUCUAUCCCCGCCUCACACUUUGGGGGACGUAAGGACAGCUUCCCUUAGGGGACGAGAGGCUGGGGAGGUUGGGGGCUGCUGAGCUCCCCCAUGUGCCCCACGAUGCCCCCCGUAUCCCCUUCCUGCAGGGGUGGAGGUGUGAGGUAGGAAGGGCUGUGGGGAGCAGCAGUGUUCUAUUUUAAAGAGUUUUGGGGUUUUGGUCCCCCACCCCCACAGCCUGUGGCCGCACUAUAAAAGGUGUCAGGACGCAGGCAGUCACCCACUGUCAGUCACCGGCUGUCACCGGCUCAGUGGGCUCACCAUGGCUUCCAUCUUCCUCCUGCUGCUGCUGGUGGUGGGAGCAACGCAGGCCAUGGCCCCCCCUCUCUGCCAGGGUGACCCAACGUCCUGGUGCUGGAACGUGGAAAUGGCCACACGCUGUGGCUGGGAGCAGCAGUGCCAGGACCUCUGGGACAGCCUGGCCCUGGGGAAUGUGGCUGAAGAGGAUGACACGGCUGAUGGGGAUGACACGGCUGAUGGGGACAACAUGGCUGAUGGGGACAACAUGGCUGAUGGGGACGGUGUGGCGCAGGGCAGGAGGAUUAAGUGCAGGCUGUGCACCAAGAUCAUGAAGAAGAUACAGGAACUGGCAGGUGACAACCCUGACGAGGCGGCGGUGGCAGCAGCACUGCAGAAGGGCUGCCGGGUGCUGGGCCGGAUGAUGGGCAAGCAGUGCCAGCGGCUGGUAAAAAAGUACCGGGAUCAGAUCACCGAGGAGCUGCAGAACGGGGACACGCCCCAGGACAUCUGCACUGCCGUGGGCAUCUGCCGGUCCUGAGCAUGGUACAGCCCCGAAUGCCCCACAAACCCCAACACCCCUCCAGCUCCUGAUGCCCCCACAGCCCAGCCAUCCCCCUCCCCCACAAUAAAGUCCCUUCUCUGGCUC